GAGACAUUUUCUUUGAUACAAUGUUUAAUUGAAUCAUUGAAUGAGUAGUUCAAAUGCUGUAACCACUUGCAUAUUGAAUGAUUCUGGUAUGCUAACUACAACACAGUAUAAAUUGAACAAAUGAACCAGCAAGAAAAUUGUCAAAUUAGAUAACAUUUCUUGAUCACAAAAACAAUCCAAUCCAAAUAUCAACCAUGGCCUGGAAAUUCACUAAAGCUUUUUCCCUUUUGCUCCUAAUUUCCAUUUUUACAAUUUCCAUAUCAAGAACAACAAUAGCAAGUGAUCCUGACAUCCUUUCAGAUUUCAUUGCCCCAACAAAUCAAACCUCUGUUGAUGCCAAUUACUUAACCUACACCGCGAUGCGCGGUAUAUUUAAAAAAUCUAUAGAUGCAUGUACUACAACAAAGGCUACAAAGGCAGAGUUUCCAGCACUUGAUGGUCAAGGAGUGUCACUAGCUGUGCUUCAAUUCCCUCCGGGUUCUGUAAACCCACCUCACUACCACUCACGUGCCACUGGACUAUUUCUCCUCCUGGAAGGUGUUUUAGAGGUUGAUUUCGUCGAUACAAAGGAUGUUUUGUACACUCAAAGACUAAAAGCCGGGGACAUUUUUCUUUUUCCAAAAGGACUACAACACUAUCAGUAUAACUAUGAUCAUAAAAAAGCAGCAGUUGGUGUUGCUGCUCUUAGCAGUGCAAGUCCUGGCACUGUUUCAUUGCCAUCCUCAAUUUUUAAUAGUGGAAUUAGUGAUUUUGUACUUGCUAGGUCAUUUAAGACUAAUGAGUCCACAAUUAAGAAGAUCAAAGCAGCAAGCAAAAAAAAAACACCUUGA